UUUAGUUCUUGUUUCUGUCGGAGCCUCGGGGUGGGCAUGUGCUAUGGAUGCUGUUCCUAUGAUUGCCCUCCCCUUUUCUCAAUCGUCUUUCUUUCAUCUCUGACCUCCCCUCAAUCAUGGCUGAUAAGGGGCACCGCUAUGUCGCUGCUCUAGACACCGCGCGCUGUCAGAGUAGAUGGGAUGAACUCCCCGAGCUCAUUCGAAAGGUGACCAAGCAUGCGCCUCAGAAGUCAUGUCUUUUGGAAGUAGCUUCGGCUGAAUACCAGAUCGCUGCCGAGUCCCAAAAACGAUUGUCAACUGCUCGGCCUUCAUCGUCCUCUACCUCAAGCUUGCCCGAAUUGAUCCCGUCCCUGCUAUCCACGGUCGAAAGAGGAAGCGAGUCGAAACAAGACACAUUUCAAGCGCAGGUCUGUCUAGGAUGGGUACAUUGGACACUCAAUGAGCCUGGGUUAGCGGCGGCUCGUCUACCACGGAAUUUCGAGGAGACUAUAAACGACCUUGCGACCGAGGGGCCUAUCUCUCCGUGGACCGAGGUUUGUAUCGUAAAAGGCUGCUACCUCAAAGGUGCUGCUCAGCACAUGGUUUCUAGUGCCAUUGAGGCUAUCGACACCUUCAAUUCACUCGUACCCUGGUUAACAAGCCACGGCGAAGCGUCUUCAAACAACCCUCAGUUCCUACACUGGUCUGAAAAGCUACUAGGCGAAGGCGCAUUCCUUGCUAGCGAAGAAGCAAUCAAACAAGUCCCAGUCCUUGAUGGUGGGUUGGCGAAAACUGCCUUGAAACUAUGCAGGCAAUGGUCUUCCCACCCCCUCGUCAAGCAGGGGAUCCCAUCCCCUGUUCAGCAUUAUGACGGCGACCGCGAGUCAAUCUCAAAGGCGGCAAUUUGGAAGUCUUAUUACGGCCUUCUAUCCGCUAUCUUGAUCCAUGAACUGGAAUAUUACCCUCCGGCGAAUGGGCCAGACCGCCCGCAGCUCUCUAGUGAGUUACGACGUGUGGAAUCACUCUGUGAGAGCAAUCUCCUGCGAGAAGCCAAAUUUCCCACGGCCGACUCUCAGAAUACCCAGGUUGAAGAUUGGGUUGAGCAAGUGAUCCAAAAUUGGGAAAUUCUUUGUGGGUCGGGCUGGACGGACGAUGAUCUCGGCGAAGGAGGUCAAAAUGCAGUUGGCCGGAACGUUCUCGACAUUCUUUACCGCGCAGCUACCAAGACAUACCAUUCCCACCUAAUUCUCCGUCGUCUCUUCCACGUUCACUGUGCACUGGCCGACUUUGACCUCGCUUUGAAAGCUCUUGAUUCCUAUGUUGAGAUCGUCACGAACGCCAAGGAAAGGGCCGAGAAGGCUGCGCAAUAUGGCGAUUUAGAGAAUGAUGGAACUUUGCUCAGAACCGUCUCCGAGGGCAUUUCGAUGCUUUGCUGCUUCGGUUCGGCAAAGGAGGCCGAAAAAGCGAAGGACUUGACCUCUCUUCUGGCAAAGUUUGUCGAAAGACAUGUACAAGAGGACCUGGAUGAUGACCAAGAGGAGGGAAGGAUCACCAUCAUCCCGGAAUCGAGCUCAACUAAAUCCCAAGCUGUGUCACCAUCUGACAUUGCUACGGCGUACAGAGGCAUUGGCAUUGGGCUGGCAAACUGGGCCCACUGGACUCCUAUAAACGAGGAUCGGAAUGACAUACGAGCCGAAGCCAUUGAUUAUCUGGAGAAGAGCAUUGCUCCCGAGCUGGAGGAAGAAACCAACUUUUCUUCACUUUAUUCGCUUGCGCUUCUUCUAGCAGAAGAUCGGGACUUGGACGGUGCAAUCGAAUACGUCAAGACUGCUCUAACUUCAAAUACCCAGCCGGGUGCUAAUCAAGGCAAUUUCUCUCGAGAACGCGAUCUUGUACCCAUGUGGCAUCUUCUUGCAUUGCUCUUAAGCGCAAAACACGACUUCGACAUCGCAGAGCGAUCCUGUGAAGCUGCAUUCGAACAGUUCCCAUCUGCUGUCACGUCUCUUGCGCACAGCGAUCGACGACCGCAAAAGCAACAGAGCAAUUUUAGAGAGCGCCCCGGCUCUCCUGGGUUGGACCAUGCCCUGAUUGAUCAGCUACGGGGCCGCGAAAAAGAACGCAUUAUCGAGACCCGCAUGAGCCAGCUUGCAUUCAUUGAGCUUCUCGAGGGCCCAGAAGCUGCAGUCAAUCAUAGUGACCAGCUACUGGGCCUCUUUGCCACCCUCUUUGGUAACUUGAACCUCGAAGCCGACGAAAAGAAGACUGCAUCGGUCGAUCACCUCACGCCGCCCAAAAGCUCCGCGGGCACUGUGAAAAGCCUUCGCGGAAGCAUUUUUGGCCGGAAUAGGGGAUCUCGAAUCGGAACCGAGCACGCAAGCGAUAUUCAGUCGGGCAGUGUUAAUACGUCGACGGCCCAGAAUGAGUCCUCUAUCAACAUGGACGGGGGACCCUUCAUACAUGUCACGGAUGAGGAUAGGCAGGUGGUUCAAGGAGCCCCUGCACCUGUCGCACGAUCCGAUUCCAAGAAGCUACGAAAGCGUAGCAGUACUCUCAGGCAAUCUGAAGUUCUCCCAAAUCAACAAGCGGGUCAGAUGAACGGCGAGUUGAAUGCUGCCAACCCCACAGAAGUCAACAGUUCCCCAGGAGCACAGCAAUCGUCCGAUGACGGGGGCCUGUCCCAAGACAUGGUAGGACUCGCAGUCUCGAGUGCCGAAAAGGAGCAAAGCGUGCAAAAUUCAAAACAGCCAUUGCGCCCUGCUGCACAUAAUAUCAAUCACAAGAAGUACCCUUAUCCGAUAGGCCAUGCCCAGCAGCCUCCUGAGCAGGAUGUUCGAUUACCAACCUCAUAUGGAUUUGAUUCACCCACCAGGGCGAUCACCAAAUUUCCUAUAGCCCAGGCCCAAAAACAUGCUCUUUGCAUUCUAGUCAAAACCUGGCUUCUUAUCGCAGGUCUUUAUCGACGAGCGUCCUUGUUUGAUGAUGCUCGCGAGGCGUGUGAUGAGGCGGCCAAGCAAGUCACGCGAUUCGAAGGUCUUUCUGCGGUGCAGGAAUCAUCAGCAAGGACUUUCACCGAGCGUGCGUGGGGCUCUCCGAAGAGCUCCGAAGAGCUUUGGGCUGACCUGCUCACCGAACAAGCGCUCUUGUCCAAAGCUCAGUCACGUCCUCAUGACGCGAUGGACUUGCUUGAAACCGCCUUGUUGCGUGAUCCAGAUCAUCCGAAAGCCACCAUUACCCUAUCCAAUUUCCUGCUCGAUAUAUGGGAUCAGAAAUUGCCCCUUGAGCCCCCAGAGACAGAGGUCCAGCCGGACUUGUCAACACCGUCCUUAACUUCGGCAACGAAGCAAAGCUCGGGUCCCAAAGAGCAAUCGUCGCCGACUACGGAUGCCAACGUUUCAAACGGCGACAAGCUGCCAUCUGCAAUCCAUGACGAGGAACCCAGACUACUCAAUCGUAUUGCGGCCCGAGACAGGGCGUAUGGUUUGCUGUCGGCCUUGACCAAACGGGGAAGCUCUUGGGAUAAUACCGAAGCUUGGUAUGCUCUUUCGAAAGCCUUUGAAGCACAAGGACACAUUGAAAAAUUGAAAGAGGUGCUGUGGUGGUGUAUUGAGCUGGAAGACCGACGACCGAUUCGGCACUGGUCCAACAUCGGUUCUGGUGUAUAUGUUCUCUAAUGAGGAAUUAUCUUCUCUGUAUUUAAAUCAUUGACAAGAGCUAUAAUAUUUUUGCUUUUCUGGCUUAGAAGCAAUAUAUAUGUGGACAAAGACGACGUGCAUCGUCUGCUAAAACCAAUUCUACGUAGCCAAUUCUAGAAACUGACUAGUAAUAACUGAACGACCUUGAUGAAACCAAAUCUCGCAAUAGGAAAACUUUAUUUACACACGUCCCAGCACAAAUCGAACUAGGGGCAUUCCUUACGAACUCAAAGGACAGAAAGAACCCGGGGAGAGAACACAGCAACUUUCUUUACUCGGCUAUGCUACAGUUACCGGGGAGCGGCAACGGGCUCCCAAGCGGAGUACUUAGGGCGGGUGCUAAAGAAACACAUCAGUCAGCAUUUGCGAUGGUAAGAUCACGAAUGGGAGCUGACUCACGUCGAGUACGUCUUGAAAGCAGCGCGGCUCAGAGUCAGGUUGGGCCUGUGCUCAGGCAGCUCCCAGUUGCGCAGGCCAGUCUGCAUGAGCUUAUCGGCAGUAGGGGGAGCAUCAACCAUGUAAGAAAUCCAGGCGUGCCUGAAGAGAAUGCGAUGAUUAGCACUUGCAUGAGAUCAAUGUAACAUGAGAUGAACACAUUUGGGUGUUCUUUACCAGCCAGGCUCGAGCUGCGAAGGGUCAUAUUCCUUCUCCUUGUAGUCCACCCACCGCGUUCGGACUAUCCCCCGGUCAGUACGGUCCCUUAGAACCAAUAUGAGCACUACUCACGAGGGAGUUCCUCCUCCAUGUUC